UGCACAGGAACACACGAGCCACCGGUCAGGCGGCGGCAGAAUACGGAACAGCGACACAAACCGCUGGAUACACGCCUGACACACACACACACACACACACACACGCAUGUAGGCACCGGCUAGUUGUUUUUUUCGCUCUUUAAUCUCCUCACGUAAGAAAAUGAAAACGACUGCGUUUGCUCCAAACUGCGCCACCGGCUGAGACUACUCUGCCUGUAAGUAAAGUACCGACACAAACCGCCGCACGUCCCCUCCCGCCCUCCGUCUCCGCGGCCGCGUUCAGCUUCUCAUUCCGGUUUCGGGUGUCUCAAUGGCGGACCCGACAGGAGCAGCCCCGGGGAGCGCGGAGGACGAGAAGACGGAGGUUAUCAACGACGCAGAGCUGGCACUGAAAGGGAUCAACAUGCUGCUCAACAAUGGAUUCAAGGAGAGCGACGAGCUCUUCAGAUCAUACAGGAACCACAGUCCUUUGAUGAGUUUCGGGGCCAGCUUUGUGAGUUUUCUGAACGCCAUGAUGACGUUUGAGGAGGAGAAAAUGCAGAUGGCCUUUGAGGACCUCAAAGCUACAGAGAGACUGUGUGAGAGUGAAAACACUGGUGUCAUUGAGACCAUCAAAAAUAAGAUCAAGAGGAGUAUGGACUCUCAGAGGUCGGGGGUGGCUGCAGUCAACCGACUCCAGAGGCAGAUCAUCAUUGCAGACUGCCAGGUUUACCUUGCAGUGCUGUCUUUCAUCAAGCAAGAGCUGUCAUCUUACAUCAAAGGAGGCUGGAUCCUCCGUAAGGCCUGGAAAAUGUACAACAAAUGUUACAGCGACAUCACACACCUGCAGGAGGGCAGCAGAAGAAGAGCCUCUGAACAGCAAUCGCUGCCUCCGUCUCUGUCAUCCUCUGAAAAGUCCGACCACAGCCGCUCCUCUUCACCCGGGCCGAGCCCAGCCCUGAGACUGGACGGCAUCAACCCAGAGACUCUGGAUCGUCUAAAAGGUUCGGUCAGCUUCGGUUACGGCCUCUUCCACCUCUGCAUCUCCAUGGUGCCGCCGCACCUCCUGAAAAUCGUCAACCUGCUGGGUUUCCCUGGCGACCGCCUUCAAGGCCUAUCAGCGCUUACGUACGCCAGUGAAAGUAAGGACAUGAAGGCCCCCUUAGCUACCCUGGCCCUCCUGUGGUACCACACGGUAGUGCAGCCCUUCUUUGCUCUGGAUGGCACAGACACACAGGCCGGCCUGAUGGAGGCCAAGUCCAUCCUUCAACAAAGGGAGGCUAUCUAUCCAAACUCCUCCCUCUUCAUGUUUUUCAAAGGCAGAGUCCAACGCCUUGAGUGCCAGAUCAGUAUUGCCUUGACGUCCUUCCGUGAUGCCUUAGAUCUGGCCUCUGACCAGAGGGAGAUUCAGCACGUGUGUUUAUAUGAAAUAGGUUGGUGCAGCAUGAUUGAGCUGAACUACAGAGAAGCCUACAGGGCCUUUGAGCGACUGAAGACCGAGUCUCGCUGGUCCCAGUGCUACUACGCCUAUUUGACUGGAGUGUGCCAAGGAGCCACAGGUGAUUUGGAAGGAGCUGUCAAGGUUUUUAAGGAUGUUGAAAGACUUUUCAAACGCAAGAAUAAUCAGAUUGAGUUGUUCUCCAUGAAGAGGGCUGAGAAGCUGAGGACCCCCAGUCUAUCCAAAGAACUCUGCAUCCUGUCUGUGAUUGAGAUUCUUUAUCUGUGGAAAGCUCUGCCCAACUGCUCCACCGCCAAGCUGCAGACAAUGACACAAGUCCUGCAGGGAAUUGACGAUGCCUCGUGUGCAGGCCUGAAAAACCUGCUUCUUGGUGCCAUAUACAGAUGUCUUCAUAAUACCAAAGAUGCCAUUCAGUAUUUCCAACUGGCCGCAAGAGAUGAGGUUGGUCGUCUCAGCAACUCUUAUGUGCAGCCCUACUCAUGCUAUGAACUGGGCUGUGUGCUGCUGAACUCCCCAGAGUCUGCAGGGAAGGGCAGAAUGCUGAUGCUUCAGGCUAAGGAGGACUAUGCCGGCUAUGACUUUGAGAACAGGCUCCAUGUUCGCAUUCACUCUGCUCUCGCCUCUAUGAGGGCUGCUGCGGCCCAGCCUUGACAUUUUAUCUGCACUUCAGAAAGAACUGGAACACGUAUUUUUAAAAAGCCACAGUAUCAUUCAAGUCACUAUUGUUACCCUGUUUUAUUAGUUUUAAUUUAUUAAUUUUCAUAUUCUGAGCCAAUGCAUCAUUUUAAAAUGUGUGCAAUAAACAGGAGGUGUUUUUAAGGGAGAAUAGUUACAAGAGGUGUUUUUAUCUGUUAUUGUAGUUUACAAUAAAUUAAAAAAAAAUCACAUUUUUAUUGUUUACAUGGGUAAUUAAAAAAACUGGAUGCCAGGAAAAUCUGAUUAAAAUCUGUAAAUAAUUUUGAAAGCAUCAGACAUAUUGCUUCCAUAGAGGGACAUUUUGUCCUGUGAUUUGGAGAUGAGUCAGUAGAGUUAUGGCACAUAAAAUAUUAACUGACAAAGCAGUUAAAAGUAAUGACUCAGUCUUCUCAGUGUUGGUUGACAUUUACAGUAUAAAGGCUUUGUUAAUACAUAGGCAUGAGUACUAAACAGUGGCUUUUUUUAGUGCAGCUCCUUUUUUAAGCAGAUUGUUUUUAUCUGUAUAAAUAUGUCUUGCGCACACGUUUUAAUAGAUGUGCCAACAUCAUGUUGAGUGGCCUGAAUGAACAGUGCUACUCUUGGCUGUAAACUGGUUUCCAUUUAUAUUGUUUGUUUCCAGAUAAUAAAAUGAAUAUUGUAAAAUAGAA